AUGGAUUGCUGCUUUCUUCCCACCGUCAAACUAUGUACUGGUAGAGCCGAUAAAGUUGUCUUCUUUGGGAAUCCAAUUCUACAUCUACUUUUUCCUUCAGUGCAUACGGGACAUCACGGCUGCGAUUUAAAACUGGCUUGGCAUUCUCAGGAAGAUGUAGACUACAAAUUGAUAAGGUUUCAAAAUAGCUUGCGGAGCACCCUCCGGUCUCCUUCAUUGGUAACUCACGUAAGGACUUAUUGCGAUGCAUCUUCCAUCCAUGGCGUUAGGUACAUCGCCGAGUCCAGCAGGCCCUUUUUUGAAAGAUUCUUGUGGGUUGUCAUCCUCGUGGUCUCAUUUAUACUUUCUGGAUAUUACACCGUGGCAGUCUGGGAAGAAACUCCGAUAGCAGUGGUUGAGAUAGAAGGUGCUCACGACAACUCAAGGAUACCUUUUCCAGCCGUCACUAUAUGCAGCAAUGCUAAGAUGUCCAGGGCUGCCAAUGCAGGAAAAUCGUAA